UAUAUUCUUUUUUUAUAUAUAAAAAAAAAACAUUGAUUUUUUCAAAGGAAGAGGAGACCUAGUAAAAAAGAAAAGAAAAAAACAUGGCCGACGAAGUUCAGCCAGUCAACCAGAGGUACGGAGAAUUGUUGGUAUAUGCAGUUAUCAUGAAAUAUAUAAAGUCCACACACUGCUCAGCUGAGCAAACCAGACACUUUGAAUUGGUCAAUAUAUCUUUACUGGAUUCAAUACAUGGCGGAAGCUUUUCUUCAAGUUCUGCUAGAAAAUCUCAAUUCUUUCAUAAGAGGGAAACUUGUAUUGCUUUUCGGUUUCGAAAAGGAAUUUGAAAAGCUGUCCAGUGUGUUUUCCACAAUUCAAGCUGUACUUCAAGAUGCUCAAGAGAAGCAAUUGAAGGACAAGGCAAUUGAGAAUUGGUUGCAGAAACUAAAUUCUGCUGCGUAUGAAGUUGAUGACAUAUUGGGCGAAUGUAAAAAUGAGGCAAUAAGAUUCGAGCAGUCUCUAUUAGGGUUUUAUCAUCCAGGGAUUAUCAGUUUCCGUCACAAAAUUGGGAAAAGGAUGAAAGAGAUAAUGGAGAAACUAGAUGCAAUUGCUGAGGAAAGAAGGAAGUUUCAUUUCCUUGAAAAAAUUACAGAGAGACAAGCUGCCGCUGCUACGCGUGAAACAGGUUUUGUGUUAACUGAACCAAAAGUCUACGGAAGGGACAAAGAGGAGGAUGAGAUAGUGAAAAUCUUGAUAAACAAUGUUAAUGUUGCCGAAGAACUUCCAGUCUUCCCUAUAAUUGGUAUGGGGGGACUAGGAAAGACGACACUUGCCCAAAUGAUCUUCAAUGAUGAGAGAGUGACUAAGCAUUUCAAUCCCAAAAUAUGGGUUUGUGUCUCAGAUGAUUUUGAUGAGAAGAGGUUAAUUAAGACAAUUAUAGGAAAUAUUGAAAGAAGUUCUCCUCGUGUCGAGGACUUGGCUUCAUUUCAGAAGAAGCUCCAAGAGUUAUUGAAUGGAAAACGAUACUUGCUUGUCUUAGAUGAUGUUUGGAAUGAUGAUCUAGAAAAGUGGGCCAAGUUAAGAGCAGUCUUAAAUGUUGGAGCAAGAGGUGCUUCUAUUCUAGCUACUACUCGUCUUGAAAAGGUUGGAUCAAUUAUGGGAACGUCGCAGCCAUAUCAUUUGUCAAAUUUGUCUCCACAUGAUAGUUUACUGUUAUUUAUGCAACGCGCAUUUGGGCAACAAAGAGAAGCAAAUCCUAAUCUAGUGGCCAUUGGAAAGGAGAUUGUGAAGAAAUGCGGUGGUGUGCCUUUAGCGGCCAAGACUCUUGGUGGUCUUUUACGCUUCAAGAGAGAAGAGAGUGAAUGGGAACAUGUGAGAGAUAAUGAGAUUUGGAGUCUGCCUCAAGAUGAAAGUUCUAUUUUGCCUGCUCUAAGACUGAGUUAUCAUCACCUUCCAGUUGAUUUGAGACAAUGCUUUGCGUAUUGUGCAGUAUUCCCAAAGGACACCAAAAUGAUAAAGGAAAAUCUCAUCACUCUCUGGAUGGCCCAUGGUUUUCUUUUAUCAAAGGGAAACUUGGAGCUAGAGUAUGUGGGUAAUGAAGUAUGGAAUGAAUUAUACUUGAGGUCUUUCUUCCAAGAGAUUGAAGUUAAAUCCGGUAAUACUUAUUUCAAGAUACAUGAUCUCAUCCAUGAUUUGGCUACAUCUCUGUAUUUGGCAAGCACAUCAAGCAGCAAUAUCCGCGAAAUAAAUGUCAAAGAUUAUAAGCAUAUAAUGUCCAUUGGUUUCGCUGAAGUGGUGUCUUCUUACUCUCCUUCGCUCUUGAAAAAGUUUGUCUCGUUAAGGGUGCUUAAUCUAAGUUACUCAAAACUUGAGCAAUUACCCUCUUCCAUUGGAGAUCUAUUACAUUUAAGAUACCUGGACCUGUCUCGCAAUAACUUCCGUAGUCUUCCAGAGAGGUUAUGCAAGCUUCAAAAUCUUCAGACUCUUGAUGUGCAUAAUUGCUACUCACUUAAUUGUUUGCCAAAACAAACAAGUAAACUUAGUAGUCUGCGAAAUCUUGUUCUUGAUGGCUGUCCAUUGACUUCUACUCCACCAAGGAUAGGGUUGUUGACAUGCCUUAAGACUCUAGGUUUCUUUAUUGUGGGAAGCAAGAAAGGUUAUCAACUUGGUGAACUGAAAAACCUAAAUCUCUGCGGCUCAAUUUCAAUCACACACCUUGAGAGAGUGAAGAACGAUACGGAUGCAGAAGCCAAUUUAUCUGCAAAAGCAAAUCUGCAAUCUUUAAGCAUGAGUUGGGAUAACGAUGGACCAAACAGAUAUGAAUCCGAAGAAGUUAAAGUGCUUGAAGCCCUCAAACCACACCCCAAUCUGAAAUAUUUAGAGAUCAUUGCCUUCGGAGGAUUCCGUUUUCCAAGCUGGAUAAAUCACUCAGUUUUGGAGAAGGUCAUCUCUAUUAGAAUUAAAAGUUGCAAAAACUGCUUGUGCUUACCACCCUUUGGGGAGCUGCCUUGUCUAGAAAGUCUAGAGUUACAAAACGGGUCUGCGGAGGUGGAGUAUGUUGAAGAGGAUGAUGUCCAUUCUAGAUUCUCCACAAGAAGAAGGUUUCCAUCCCUGAAAAAACUUCGUAUAUGGUUCUUUCGUAAUUUGAAAGGGUUGGUGAAACAGGAAGGAGAAAACAAAUUCCCCAUGCUCGAAGAGAUGGCGAUUUUACAUUGCCCUCUGUUUGUUUUUCCAAUCCUUUCUUCUGUCAAGAAAUUAGAAGUUCACGGCAACACAAAAGCAAGAGGUUUGAGCUCCAUAUCUAAUCUUAGCACUCUUACUUCCCUCCGCAUUGGUGCUAACUACAGAGCGACUUCACUCCCAGAAGAGAUGUUCACAAGUCUUACAAAUCUCGAAUACUUGAGUUUCUUUGACUUCAAGAAUCUCAAAGAGCUGCCUACCAGCCUGACUAGUCUCAAUGCUUUGAAGCGUCUCCAAAUUGAAAGUUGUGACUCACUAGAGAGUCUCCCUGAACAAGGGCUGGAAGGUUUAACUUCACUCACACAGUUAUUCGUUAAAUACUGUAAGAUGCUAGAAUGUUUACCCGAGGGAUUGCAGCACCUAACAGCCCUCACAAAUUUUGGAGUAACCGGUUGUCCAGAAGUGGAAAAGCGCUGUGAUAAGGAAAUAGGAGAAGACUGGCACAAAAUUGCUCACAUUCCUAAUUUGAGUAUAUAUUAGUGAGUUAUUUGUAAUUGUUUCUUGGGUUAUUUUUUUGUCAGUCUCUCACAGGUUACAAUUCCUGCCAUUGGAUUAUUAUAGCAAAGUUUGACUGUAUGAGGAAACAUUUAAAAAAAAAAAAGAAG